AUGUCUUGCUUUCAGGAUGGUGGCGUAUAUUGUACCGCUACUGUUGCUGUGAACGGAGAAUUUAAUCACGAACUGGAACCACAGGUCAACAUCAGUAUCCAGGCAAUGGAUAGGGGCGGACUACAGGUCACUGCUAACAUGUCUAUACACGUGGUAGACGUGAACGACCCACCCACGGACAUACUUAUCAAUGGCGAGGCAACAACCAACAUCUCUGUGCCGGAGAAUGCCAAUUACUUUACAAUAGGGAAACUGGAAGCUUUGGACGAAGACGUAAACGAUGGCCAUGCAUUCUUCCUUACCAAUUCUGCGGGCAGAAAAUUUAUCAUCGAGGACGACAUUUUAAAAACAUAUGCGGCAGCUAACUUGGACUACGAAGAAACCCGAAAUUUCCAAAUCAGAAUACUUGUGGAAGACUUGGGGACGCCGAAACUGCUCUAUCAAAAAACGUUUAAUGUUUAUGUGGAAGAUGUUAAUGAAGCGCCAUCUACGUUGUCAUUGUCCAAAAAUAUGGUUAUAGAGAACUCUGGUGCGGGGACAGAGGUCGGCAGACUGAGUACCUCAGAUCCUGACAAUGAUUUGGAGGCUACUCAAACAUUUACAUAUUCCUUGAAAGAAAACUCAAAAGGCAGAUUUGCUGUCGACGGAGACAUAAUUAAGGUAUCACGAUCUAUCGAUCAGUGUAAGACUGCUACAUGCCGCCUUGAUUUCGAGUCGGAACCAUAUGUGUCUAUUGAAGUGAAUGUUACUGAUAGUGGAUCGCCACAUCUGUCCAUCACACAUGAAUUCAAGAUACAGGUAGUUGAUGCCAAUGACGCCCCCCACACGAUCAGCCUGCCAGACAACACUGUUAGAGAAAAUAGCCCUGUAGGCGCUUUUAUAGGAACACUCACAUCUGUCGAAGAAGACGCCGGACAGUCAGUGUCGUAUAUGCUUCUUGACAACAAGGAUCUGUUUGAAUUGAAAAGUGGGUCCAGACUAAUCAGUAAAGGUGUGUAUGACUACGAGGAAGUUUCCAGCUACAAUAUUACAGUAAGAGCGACAGACAAUGGAAAGGAUCCGCUAUCGGUCGAUACCACAAUGACUAUUGAAGUUCUCAACAUCAACGAAGCACCAAAAUUUUCCGGAGACGUGGAGUUUCAAGUUAACGAAAAUGCCGCCAUCUACACCCUUGUUGGCGUGCUGAGUGUCAGUGACCCUGACAGAGAAGACCAUCUCACCUUUACUAUCACAGGUGCUGGAAGUGUCUUCAAAGUGACUGAUGCCGACUGCCAGCAACAGGAGGUGAUACAGAAAACGCUCUGUACAUGUAACCUGGUGCUGAACGAGCCUCUAGAUUAUGCUAAUUGGCCGGAAUUUACUAUAACUGUGACCGCUCAGGAUCAAGGCGGCUUGACUGUGACGCAAGACCUCGUGGUCAAAGUAUUAGAUGCAAACAACCCACCAACGAACAUUUUGAUUAACGGACACUCGACGACUGAGAUACCAGUCAAGGAAAACCAGAAAGACACCAGCAUUGCGACACUAGAAGCGGUGGACUCUGAUCAGGGACAGAUCUUUACCUAUAGUAUUGUAUUCACGGAUACUGAGCUAUUUGAAAUAAUAGAGGACCAACUAAAGGUCGUAGCAGGUGCUAAUUUGGAUUACGAAAGCACAGAAGAGUAUACGAUAGAGAUAUCCGUGACAGAUGAUGGUACACCUCCACAAAAUUUCACAAAGGUUGUGAGCAUACUGAUACAAGAUGUCAACGAGCCGCCCUCCAACCUGUCCAUUACAAGUACUCAGAUAGUAGAGAACAGCGGUGAAGGAGUCGUGGUAGGAGAGUUCCUGGUAGAGGACCCAGACAACGCCAAGCUUCCGAAGCAGUCAGCUACAUUCACGUUAGUAGACAAUGCAGACGGGAGGUUUAUGAUUAAAGGAAACGAACUUCAGGUUGCUAAGCCAAACGGAGUUUGUCUGCAGCUAGGAGGUGACAAAUGUUAUCUGAAUUUUGAGAGUGCACCAGUACUUCACAUUAGCGUUUUAGUGACAGAUACAGGGGUACCGAGUCGCAGCGAUCAGUUUGAGAUGGACAUCAAUGUUGUCGAUGAAAAUGAUCCACCGAGGAACAUUCAGAUUAGCAACUACAAGAUAGAGGCCCUAGCAUCUGCCGGCGAGGUAGUAGGGAAAUUGACAGCCGACGACGAAGACGACAAACAGUCCAUGGUGUACUCAUUACUAGAUGACAACAACGGGUUGUUCGCAGUUUCGGAAUCUGGUGUUGUUACCAAGGCCACGGAUGACGAACUAGAUAUCAACACACUUUAUGCCAUCACAGCAUCCGCGACUGAUAACGGAACAAUUCGGAUGCAGUCAGAAGAAACGUUCACAAUAGUUGCAAUAGUGAAGGAUAUCACCAAAAUGACAUUAAACAUUACAUCUGAAGGAUCAGGGGGGCAUUUUGACAAAGGAUGGCCAGUUGUUUCUGAAAACCUACCUGAUGACACUGUGGUGGGCACUCUCGUUGCAACUGACCAACGUCCUGACCAAACAUUGGUCAUCCAAAUCAUCAGUCAGCUAAUGGCACUUAAGCUGGACACCACAACAAACUGCAUGAAUAAGGAUGGUGGUACUGAAUGCAAAGUUAAAGUGUUAACUGGUGUGGAACUGGACUUUGAGUCUACUCCCAUAGUGGUCAUCACUGGCCAAGUUACAGACGGUCACAAUCAGUCCUUUACCCACCAGUUUAUACUUCAUGUACAGAACGUCAACGAACCUCCAGAGGGUUUGCGUUUUGACGGGGAUCGAAUGUUUGUCCAAGAAAACUUAAAUGGGGAAGUGUUUGAACUCUUCAUUGCUCAAGACCCAGACGAAAAUGACGUUCUGUCUUAUUCUCUCGUCGAUGACGGAGAUGGGCGGUUUACUAUAACAAAGGAUGGACACCUAGCAACAGCCCGAGAUGCUAAUAUAGAUUUCGAGGUGACUCCUUGGGUCAACAUCACAGUGAAUGUCAGGGAUGCUGCAGGGCUAGGGUUACAAACAGUAUAUACCGUUGAUAUUUCUGACGUCAAUGAAAACCCUGGCAGCAUUACUCUGACCAACAACACAGUAGAAGAAAUGUCUCCCCCUGGUACACAUGUGGGUAUACUUGAAGCCGUUGAUUCCGAUCAGGGACAAACAAUCGCUUACAAACUUCUGAGUGACGCUGAUGGAAGAUUUUGGGUCGAUGAUAAUGUGAUAAAGGUGAAAGAUGAAGGAAUACUUUGCACUGAAAAAGGAGGGGCAUAUUGUUUACUGGAUUACGAAUCGGAGAUAUCACACACCAUCAUGGUGGAGGCAAGUGACAAUGGCAGUCCCGUUCUUCGGACCACGACCGUAAUACACGUACUUGUCAAGGAUGUUAAUGACCAACCAAGGGACUUGACUUUUAAUUUAGUCAAUGUGCGAGAGGACAAUGAGAUAGGAGAGGUCAUCGGGAAAUUAACGGCUUUUGACGAUGAUGCAGGGGCUUCUUUGCAUUACACUAUCUUAUCUGGGGAUGAUUCGGAGGUGUUUUUGGUAAACGGUUCAGAUGUGCUGCUUCAAAAGCAUUUAGACUAUGAGACUACUCCAAAAUACAGUUUGACUCUUGAAGCUAUAGACAACGGCCAACCUCCUCAGUCGAUAUCUAGUGUUUUUGAAUUGAACAUUGUUGAUGCCAAUGAACCUCCAGGCGUUCCGACAUUUAUACCCAAAACAAGCGGCAAUCACGACUUCCCAGUUAACGCACCUGUCGUCGACGAAAAUGCAGUUCUUAACACUCUCAUCGGGCAAAUCGUCGUCAAGGAUCCUGAUGAUAACGACAUGGUCAUGUUUACCACAACAAACUUAGAUAUUGGUUUUUUUUACCAGGAAUGCUGGCCAUUAAAGCAGGGAGUUCACUGUUCAUGUGACGUUAGGGCGCUGGUGUCGUUUGACUACGAGACACAACCCUCUGUAGACGUGUCUGUAAGUGUGACUGACCGGAAGGGACUCACCUCUUUACUAACGGUCACUCUUGAUAUAGCUGACGUCAACGACCCUCCCACAGAUAUUCUUAUGAACAACCAAUCCUUGACAACCCUGUCUGUGGCUGAGAACUCAGAAAGCGUAAUUCUGACGUCCAUGACAGCUGUGGAUGUGGACGCCGAAGACUCGCACACGUUUUCUAUACUCACCAGGACUAACGCCUUCUUCGUCGUCGGGGAUUCCAUUAAGGUCUCUCCUCAAGGUAUCGACUAUGAGCUAUACCCUACACACGAUAUUGUAAUCCGGGUGACCGACAGUGGAAACCCUCCACUCUACCUGGAUAAACACGUUACUGUUAAUGUCAUUGACGUUAAUGAGGCUCCUGACCACAUCUUCCUGUCCAAAAACGAGGUACCUGAGGACAGUCCUGUCGGAUUCGAAAUAGGAACGGUGAUAGUGGAUGACCCUGACAACACUAGAUCUACCACACAGACGUUCACCUACUCAUUAAAGGAUUCUGCUGAUGAUAGAUUUAGACUCGACGGUGCCAGUCUUACGGUAGCAAGAUCGGACUUCGACUAUGAGAGAAAGCGUAUGUACAUAUUACACGUCCUGGUGACUGAUACCGGGAUCCCUCCGCUGUCUACGAAGGCAGCCGUAACCGUUUAUGUCACUGAUGCUAAUGAUUCUCCAAAGGAUGUGCAGUUAAUUGGUGGAGUCGUACCUGAGAAUUCUGCGAUGGGAACAGUCGUUGGGAGUUUUUUAGCGACAGAUGAUGACUUUGAUCAGCAGAUCACCUACUCCCUGCUUUCUAAUGACUUCUUCACUGUUGCUGGAGACGAGUUGAUGGUAGAUGGAGAGCUUGACUAUGAAAGUUCUCCAACAAUAGCUUUAGGAGUUAUAGCUAGUGACGAUGGCUUGCCUCCCAUGUCGAUUUCUAUGAAUGUGACGGUGACCAUAGUAGAUGUUAACGAGGCUCCUGUAAAUAUUACAUUACAAACCUCAGACAAAGCACCGGGCAUGAUGAUUCCGGAGUCACUAGGACCAGGGGAACUCAUUGGAUUCAUACAUGUCACAGACCCCGAUCUAAACGACAGGAUAACACUGAAGCAGAUCGGCGAUAUGGCAGCUAUGUUUAAAGUGUCACAGAAUCCACAGUGCAAAAACACACCAAUGUUGAACCAUCACACAGAGUGCAGGUUCGAUUUGAUUUUAGCACAGUCAGUCGAUUUUGAAGGUAACAACAGCAACAUAACUGUCGAAAUUGAAGCAUCAGAUGUAAGUGGAGAGACUCUCAACACAACUUGGAAGUUCGGUAUAAAGAAUAGCAACGAGCCACCCUCGAACAUUUUCAUUGACGGAGACAUAAAAAUAAUACCAGAAAAUUCACCGGAGUUCUUGAUAGGUAGCUUAAACAGCGAGGAUGAGGAUGAGGGUGAUGAGUUUGUUUAUCAUAUAUUAACACACUGGGAGAUAUUCCGGAUUACCAAUAACCGGUUAGUCGCCAAACCUCCACUUGACUACGAGGUUGACCGAUCUGUCACCGUUAGCAUCAGAUGUACAGACAGCGGGUCUCCACCACUGACAUUCACCAAAGAGUUCAUUUUUGAUGUGGGGGACAAAAACGAGGAGCCAACGAAUAUUGUGUUGUCCCAUACGGAGGUGUCUAAUACCGCCUCUCCUGGGGAUGUGGUUGGAUUCAUAACCGUGAAAGACCCCGACAACCAAGGUUCGGACACACCUGUCCAAGUCCAUACAUGUACUGCUGGAGGGGACGCAUUGGGAUUCUUCAGCACUGAGCUGUCCGCACCACUGACUUUGAAAGUGACAAAGGCUAUACCAAAGGAUAUAUUUGAAAUGCUGUUACUUUUGACAUGUAAAGACAAUGGUAAUCCAGUAUUGUCUCUCACUGUGAACGUCACACUUACCAUCCACGAAACUGUUGAUAUACAAAAAAACCUACGCCUGAGAAAUCAACGUACGAUUCCGGAAAAUUCGGAUGCAUAUUUUGUUGUCGGCGACCUCGAGGUGGUUAAUAUGCUCACUGAGGAGGUGAUUGGGGGUACGUACACAUACGCCUUGAGCAACGAUCAGCAUCCGUUCAUUACAAAUGGACCCAGUUUACAGACAUCUAUAUCUCUCGACUUCGAGCAACAGGCAGAAUGGGAAAUAAAUGUCGUGGCUUCCGGUGUGGAUAUUCAGAACAAAGACGUCAACAUCUCGGAAACGUUUGUUAUAGAAGUCGGGGACAUCAAUGAAGCUCCCUACAAAAUAAACAUAUAUGGAGGAGGGUUGAUACUAGAAAAUAGUGAGCCAGGAACAGAGAUUGGAGAUCUUAACUCCGAGGAUCCUGACGAAGAUCAAACGUACAGCUACACGAUUAUUUCUGUAUCUUCCGGAUUGGAUAUGUCUGAAGCUCGACAAGAACUAACGGAUACAUUCUCAUUGCGCGGGAAAACGCUAAUAGUAGGGAGAAAUUCGGAGCAACUAAAUUAUGAAGUGGUGAAGUAUUUCACUGUAUUGAUACAAACAACAGAUUCCGGCAAUACCCCGUUGUCAUAUAAUGACACAAUUCACAUCCAAGUGGAGGAUACGAACGAUGUUCCAACAGGCAUUCUCCUGUCAAAACAAACGGUAAAAGAGAACAGUAUUGUUGGAACAGUCGUUGGAAAGUUGGACCUUAUCGACGAGGAUGUAUCAUCGUCUUACACAUGUGUGGUCAUAAAUCUCCAGAGCGUCCCUUUCAAGGUAGUGAACGACUCUAUUCUUGUAACAAGCAAGGCCGAAUUGGAUUAUGAAGGUUCAAGGGUCUUCGCCGUUGAGAUACAGUGUACUGAUGAAGGGAUAGAUGAAACACAUCUUACGAUAAUUAAGACAAUUGUUGUCAAUGUUACAAACAUUAACGAACCACCAAUUCGUAUCGAAAUGACCAACACUGAUAUAGUGGAAAAUAACCAAGAAGGACAGGUCAUUGGGGAAAUCAAAACUACCGAUCCAGACAGCAAUAAGGUGAAAAUAACGUUAGUGAAUGGUGAUGAAUCCUCCGUUUUCUCUGUGGAAGGUGACAGUACCAUUGUCGCAAGUAAAGCGUUGAACUUUGAGGAACAGGCAGAGUACGAAAUCACUGUAAGAGCUACUGAUGAUAAAGGUCUAUGGUCCGAGGAAACCUUUCAGAUUGAGGUGCAAGACAAAAACGAACCUCCGUCAUCCGUAGUACUUGACAGCGAGUCUGUGAAUGAGAACACGGGUCCAGGUUAUACUAUCGGCACACUUACCACAUUGGAUGAUGACCAUGGUCAAAAUUUCCAUUAUGUCAUUGUAGACGAUCAAGCACAGGCGACACAGGACUAUUUCCAAAUAAAAAACGAUAAGUUGGUAACGGGUGGGAAGCCUUUAGAUCACGAGAUGUUAUCCGAAUAUACUAUUGGCAUUAAAAGUACGGACAAUGGUGUUCCUCCUUACAGCGUACAGACGAAAAUCAAGAUAAAGGUAGAUAAUAUAAAUGAAGAACCAGAAGAUAUCAUUGUGGAUGCGAUGCUCUCGCUGCCUGAAAAUACUAAUAUCCCAGCCGUUGUUACGUCUGUGGAUGUCGACGAUCCAGAUGUUGGACAGAACCACAUUUGCCAGGUCGAGCCGGCGUCUCUUCCCUUCAUUAUAAAGACAUAUGCUGAUCAUCGCAUGGAGUUGGUAUUGAACGGAGCCCUGGAUUACGAAACAAAAGAGGAAUAUGACGUUGUCCUUCGAUGUUCAGAUGGAUUUCUAGAAAGGAAAAAGUCUAUACCAGUUCUGGUGUCCGAUGUCAAUGAGCGACCGGAGGAGAUCCAUUUGAGUGGUAGUGGGUCAAUAGUAGCCAGUGCACAACCUGGAGUUGUUGUGGGAACCUUCUCGGUACAGGACCCUGAUCCCAAUCAGACGCACACACUGACCAUGACAGGCCCUAACUCCGAUUUGUUUCAGAUCGAAGGGUACGAAAUCACACUAACAUCAUCUCUUCCGGAUGAAAUCGUUUACGCUGAGCAUCCUGUUAUCACUAUCAAUGUUACAGCCACAGACAAUGGAAUGCCGAAACCUUUGUCGGUCCAGCAGAUAUUUACACUUGUCGUUACUGAUGUACAAGUCGUUGUCCAGCAAUUGCCUGUGAUCACUCUUAGAAAGGUGGACCUACUUGAAGACUCGAAACCUGGGAAGAUCAUUGGGUCAUUACUGAAAGCAAAUGUUUCCACUGAGGAUAUCGAAUUCAACAUCAUUCUGAAUCCGUUUGGAGCGUUUAAGAUUUCCAAAAAUAAAAGCUUAAUUCUUAAUCAAACUUUGACGGACGUUGACGGUGAUUCAAUGAAGUUAACUGUAGAAGUGAAAAACAAAGAGACGUUCAAGUCAGCCGCCACCGAUAUAAUGAUUUUCAUUGUACGUGUGGACAAAUGUGCAAGACGAGGCAACGAGACUUGUGACGAGCAUGGGCGAUGUGUUCAACAGAAUGAUGCCUCGUAUAAUUGUGAAUGCGAGACAGGAUACACUGGGGAUGGCUUCUACUGCACACUUGAUACAAACUGUGACGCUAAUCCUUGUACCAAUGGCGGACGCUGUGUUGAUGGCAUAGCCGCAGCUACCUGUCUUUGCAAAGACGGAUACUCAGGGCCCCUGUGUGAGGUAGACAACAAUAAAAACAAUCCCUGUUUUAAAAGCCCAUGUAAGCAUGGUGGUAUUUGUUCACUGAACCAUAAACUUUCGACAGGAUAUGAAUGUGAAUGCGAACCGGGAUGGAAAGGUAGCACCUGUGAAGAAAGUAUUAACGACUGCAUUGACUUUCUUUGUUAUGGUGGGGGACAAUGUGUGGACAAACAUAUGACGUAUGUAUGUAAGUGUCCUGAGGCGAGAAACGGAAUUAGAUGUGAAUACUUCCGGUCUUCAUGUGCAACAGUUUCAUGUGGUUCUGAGAUUUGUGUUCCGAUGGUUGAUAAAGAUGAAAAGAUCUGUGCUAGCAAAACGAGUAACUUGGUCCAUUUGCAAGUGAAGAAAAGCCAGGGCAAAUUUGACGAGGAAGAAUUCAGUGCAUGGCUUAUUGACACAAUUACUGCUUUUUAUCGUCGUUCUGCCAGCGGAUCUAAUAACAAACCUCGGGUGAAGCGACAGAUCGUAAAUGAAACACCAGUACAAGUAUAUAUAGCAGAUGUGCAAGAAGAGGCAACUGCUGAUCUGGUUAAAGUGGACUUUGUCGUUCUAGAUAGCUCAGAGAAGGUGUACGAAAAGAAUGAAAUCUUGGGGAUCUUGUCAAACACAUGUGACGAACUGAGGAAAGAUCAGAAUGACGAAACAGUGUUGUGCCCAGCUGUUAGUAGGGCGACAGGUAGUGACCAGGUGGAGGAUGUAGACGAGACAGGACCACCGGUGGCAGCUAUAGCAGGAGCAGUUGCAGGUGUUGCUGUAUUGGUCGGUGUUGCGGUGGUAGCUUUCAUCAUAUAUCGGAAAAGGAAGCAGAACGGAGAUAACUCGUACAAGGACACUCUUCGGUAA